CCUUCGACGACUCGUCUGACUCACGUAUACCCACCUGCGCCUUUGCCACCCAUCACGCAGACCACUCUUCACGAACUAGAGUUGAGCGAGAUCUUGAAGAAUGUUCAGUUGAGGCACGAUAUCGUGCAUGACCCCAAUUUGCAGUUCAGGCCGAACUACGAUGGUGAGCGUGGAAUGCAGAAGAGGCUCGCUGCGGAUAAGUACUGGAGGAGUCUUGGGCGGGAGAUCGAGAGGAUCAUCAUCCGUGCCUCCAACCACGGAAAGCCCAGCAAGUUGCCUGGAAUGUUCACCGGGAUGCGCAACAUCUUGGCUGGCUUGCUCCCGGCCGAGGACCGCGCCUCCGUCAGUCAAGUCCUGGACCCCGCCCUUCUCGAGCAGCAGCUGAGGCAUCACUGUGUCGACUUUACCGCCUUGGCCGACUACCUCGGAAAUGUGAUGCGUAAGCACUGUGCGCCUAUGCGCGAUACCCCCAUCGACAACAUGGUCAAGCACUUUUCCCAAGCUAAGACGAGCGUACAAUACGUUCAAGGCCUCCAAAUGGUCUUUGAGUUAUUGGAGGCGAUGAAGCUCGAUGUUGCGAAUCAUCAGUUGAGGCUGUUGAGGGGACAUCUGUUGGAGAGUGUUGUUGAUGUCGAGAGGAGGUAUUGGGCGGAUCGGGUUGAGAGGGGAAGAUGUGAUGUUGUUAAGGUUGUGGAGUGGGUUCGGGAAGGUGCGGAGAAGAUCCCUAAGACGACCAAGGGCAACUUGGACUGGAUUACGGGCUUCGUGAGGAGUUUUGCGGAUUUGUUGCCCAUUGGUGCGGCUACGGCGAAGACUGCUCCCAACGGUGGCAAUGCCUGGACUUUGGAGAAGUUCCCGCAGACUUUGGCUUUUGACUAUGAGCGUGUGUGGAAGUUGAGGGAGGAUUUGAGGGAUGUUGUCAGCGUCACUCUUUGUCUUCUCUUGUUCCGCCAGCUCGUUGGUGCGCAGAACGCAAGCAAAAUCACUGAGGAGGUCGUGGCUUCUUUGAAGCAUGAACUCUGGGUCAUUCUUGCGGUUGGGCCUAGUGAGGGUAGAUGGGCCAGGACUGCCAGUGCUGUUGCAUUGCAGAUCGCGAAGAGGGCCGUUGAGUUCCGCGAGGGCAAGACGGAAGCUCAUCCUUCUACUUCUGAGGUCACGGUUGCUGAGAACUGGAUCAAGAAGAACGUUCUCUAUGAGUCCAACAAGCCUUCGGACAUCUAUAAGAUGGUUGAGAGGCGUAUCUUGGACAGUACUUUCGUUACCGUUGCUGCGCAGAUCAAGUCUGCCUAUACUACGGGCACGAAGACGAAGGAUGCUGUUACCGAGCUCGUCUGCUUUGCGGAGAGGAUUACGAAGAUUGCUGGGUUUCAUUGGGGUGUGCAUGGUGCUUGGUACGUCGAGUGGGCGAAG